GCUGAACCCGGAAGCCUACUGUGUUUCCCAGCGGGAACUGUUGUGACACUGGUGUCCGGGCAUUAUAACCAAAGAACUGUCAUCUAUAGCACUAUUUAAAGUUUACAAAUUACAUGAAGUUGCUGGUUAAACGCCAGCGUUUGAUCAGCAAUGGGGGCUAACAGCAGCACGCGUCGCGUGUCUUUUGAGUCGGAUGAGAAUGAGAACAUAACCAUAGUGAAGGGCAUAAGGCUCUCAGAGAAGGUCAUAAACCGCAUGAGGGAACCUUCAGACCCAUCAAAGGCCCAGCCACCCUCCAGAACCCCACCUGCUUCUCCCCCUGUGGUUGAUCCUCUGCCAGCACUGGUGCCAAUAUCUCCUCCAUUUGACCCCCUUCCACCUCCACCUGUGACCUCCCCUGCACCAUCUCAACCCACAGCUGAAUCACCUACAGCGGAUGAGUCUGAGCUCAGAAGAAAGAUCGCGGAGGAACUGCAGAGAGAUUUGGAGGAUGAGAGAAGAAAAGCACGAGAGGAACUGAAACAACGGCUGGAAGAAGAAAGAUCCCGGGCACAUGCGCAGGCCCUUGCAGAGGCUCAAACCCAGGUGAAGGAUAAUGUGAGCAGGAUCCUGGCACAGGAGAAAGAGGAGAACAUCAAGAAAGCCUUACUGAGAGAAAGAUUCAACGCAGAGGAUGAGAAAUUACGAGCACAGAUCUAUCAGAUUGAGAGAAAGGCUAGACAGUUGGAGGAGAAAGACAAAGAACUCAAGAAGCAAGAUGCCUUCUACAGAGAGCAAGUGGCUAAACUGAAGGAAAGGAGUGCCCAGAUCUUCAAGGUGACCAAUGAGAACUAUCACAAAGCAGCAGAUGAGGUCAACGCCAAGUUCAAACGAUAUGAAAUUAGUCCAGUGUGCACCGACCUUCAGGGUGAGAUUCUGAAGUGCUACAGGGAAAAUGCCGGAAAGACUUUGCUGUGCUCCAACCUAGCCUCGCUAUACAUGCAGUGUGUCAACAAUGCUAAACAGGAGAAGUUAAGGACUGGAGGUUAAGUCUCGGAGCAGAAAGCGAAGUAGAGCUGUUUGUGUCUGUGAUCUCGCCGUUUAUCGACUGAUGCCAAGGAAAGACACCAUCCAGAGAUACAACUGAUUCGCAAGAAACUGCAGUGAAACCUUUUCCUUUACCCCUUCUCGCCACUUUGACCUUCCUUCAAUCCCGUUUGCCGUGUCCUUUUUCUACAGAUAUGGUAAAACGGGUAGCGCUUUUGGAAAUUGAUAGAACAGGAUCCACAUUGUGUAGUCCAGCCCGUGUGCAGCGGUGUUUGUGGGACGUUUGAAUGUUUUGGAGACCGAACCAGUGGUACACAGUGGUCACACUAGUCCGAUCUACACCCACAACAAUCCCAGAAUUCCCAGCUAGUGGCUUUGAAAUCAAAGUGGAGUGUAGAUUUGGUUUUUCUGUCUGUCAAACACUGAUGUAGCAUCAAUCGUCAACCAUUUUGCCUGAGGUAACCACCCAUUAUUCUCCAGCACACUCCUCAUUGGACUAGACACAUCUUUAAGCUGUUCAUUGUGUUUUCGUGUGUAACGUUCAUAAUCCACCUGCUUUGUUUUGUUUGUCAAGAGGCGUUUGGCCUGAGCCUCUGAUCUACUUUGAAGAAUAAACAUAUGA